AUGGGUCUCAGCAGCUUGGAAGAAAGUCCAAGAGACAACAACAAAGCAUUGUCUAAGAAGCCUGUGUCACCAGUAUUCUUGGUGUCCAGAGGACCAUAUUAUGUGGAAAAUAUGGACAUUAAUACCACUGAGGAAUUCAAGGGCUCCACCGUCGUUGAAUUGAUGAAGAAAGAAGGCACUACCCUUGGACUGACUGUGUCAGGCGGAAUCGAUAAGGACGGCAGGCCGAGAGUAUCUAACCUGCGGCAAGGAGGAAUUGCUGCUAGAAGUGAUCAGCUGGACGUGGGUGACUACAUCAAAGCAGUGAAUGGGAUCAACCUGGCCAAAUUCCGCCACGACGAGAUCAUCAGUUUGCUGAAGAAUGUUGGGGAAAGAGGUUCUUGACGUUUUUUCACAGUUGAGUAUGAGCUGCCGCCAGUCUCUGUUCAAGGAUCAAGUGUUAUUUUCCGAACAGUGGAAGUCACAUUACAUAAAGAAGGCAACACCUUCGGUUUUGUAAUACGAGGGGGAGCACAUGAUGAUAGAAAUAAAUCUCGUCCGGUUGUGAUAACAUGUGUUCGUCCUGGAGGGCCUGCUGACAGAGAGGGCACAAUCAAACCUGGUGAUAGGUUGCUCAGUGUGGAUGGAAUUCGGCUUCUUGGAACCACGCAUGCUGAAUCCAUGAGUAUUCUUAAACAGUGUGGACAAGAAGCAACGCUGCUGAUAGAAUAUGAUGUCUCAGUAAUGGAUUCCGUGGCAACAGCAUCCGGGCCACUACUAGUUGAAGUUGCCAAAACUCCUGGUGCCAGCCUUGGGGUUGCCCUAACUACCUCGAUGUGCUGUAACAAACAGGUCAUUGUCAUAGACAAAAUCAAAUCUGCAAGUAUUGCAGACAGAUGUGGUGCACUGCACGUGGGAGAUCACAUCCUGUCCAUCGAUGGAACCAGCAUGGAGUACUGUACGCUAGCGGAAGCAACCCAGUUCCUGGCAAACACCACGGACCAGGUCAAGCUUGAGAUUCUUCCCCAUCAUCAGACCCGCCUGGCUCUUAAGGGACCUGACCAUGCAGCUUUGGUGUCUUCAUCCUUCUCUCCUACCUCCAUGAGUGCAUACAGCCUGAGUUCCCUGAACAUGGGGACUUUACCUCGAAGCCUCUACUCUACUAGCCCACGUGGAACCAUGAUGAGGAGGAGACUGAAAAAGAAAGACUUCAAAAGCUCACUGUCUUUAGCUUCCAGCACAGUAGGCUUGGCUGGGCAGGUUGUUCACACAGAAACCACAGAGGUUGUGCUGACAGCAGAUCCUGUCACAGGAUUUGGGAUCCAACUGCAGGGCAGUGUAUUUGCUACAGAGACUCUCUCUUCUCCACCUCUGAUUUCCUAUAUUGAAGCUGACAGCCCGGCAGAGAGAUGUGGAGUACUACAGAUUGGAGACAGAGUGAUGGCCAUUAAUGGAAUUCCAACUGAAGACAGCACCUUUGAGGAAGCCAAUCAGCUCCUUCGAGACUCUUCAAUCACGAGCAAGGUCACACUGGAAAUUGAGUUCGAUGUAGCAGAGUCUGUCAUCCCAAGUAGUGGAACAUUUCAUGUAAAGCUCCCCAAGAAGCAUAAUGUGGAACUUGGAAUAACCAUAAGUUCACCAUCCAGUAGAAAACCAGGAGACCCCCUUGUCAUUUCAGAUAUCAAAAAAGGCAGUGUGGCACACAGAACUGGAACCCUGGAACUUGGGGAUAAAUUACUCGCGAUAGAUAACAUUCGGCUAGACAACUGUUCCAUGGAAGAUGCAGUUCAGAUCCUCCAGCAGUGUGAAGACCUGGUGAAGCUCAAAAUCCGCAAAGAUGAAGAUAAUUCAGAUGAGCAAGAAAGUUCCGGAGCGAUUAUUUACACCGUGGAGCUUAAGCGCUAUGGGGGGCCCCUUGGCAUCACGAUUUCAGGAACCGAAGAGCCAUUUGAUCCUAUAAUCAUUUCAAGCCUCACUAAAGGGGGAUUAGCUGAAAGAACUGGCGCAAUCCACAUAGGAGACCGAAUCCUCGCCAUCAACAGCAGCAGCUUGAAAGGGAAGCCUCUGAGUGAAGCCAUCCAUUUGCUACAGAUGGCAGGAGAGACUGUCACCUUGAAAAUUAAGAAACAGACAGAUGCCCAGUCGGCAUCAAGUCCCAAGAAAUUCCCCAUUUCCAGCCACCUGAGCGACCUGGGAGAGACGGAGGAGGACUCCUCUCCAGCUCAGAAGCCAGGCAAACUCGCCGACAUGUACCCCUCUACUGUACCCAGUGUAGACAGUGCUGUGGACUCGUGGGAUGGCUCUGGAAUCGAUGCCAGCUAUGGGAAUCAAGGCGCUGGCUUUCAGGCCUCGGGAUACAACUUCAACACCUAUGACUGGAGGAAUUCAAAACAGAGAGGCAGCUUGUCCCCAGUCACUAAGCCUCGAAGCCAGACUUACCCAGAUGUGGGGCUGAGCGGUGAAGACUGGGACCGGUCCACAGUCAGUGGUUUUACAGGAGCUCCUGACAGUACAGAAGUCGAGCAAGAGGAGAACUUCUGGUCACAAGCGCUGGAGGAUUUAGAGACCUGUGGACAAUCAGGGAUUUUGCGAGAACUUGAGGAGAAAGCUGACAGGCGUGUGUCUUUGAGAAACAUGACUCUCUUGGCAACAAUCAUGUCAGGCAGCACGAUGAGUUUGAACCAUGAGGCCCCGACACCUCGCAGUCAGCUGGGGCGACAGGCCAGCUUCCAGGAACGGAGCAGCUCGCGGCCACACUACAGCCAAACGACUCGAAGCAACACGCUGCCCUCAGAUGUGGGCAGAAAGUCUGUGACCCUGAGGAAAAUGAAACAAGAAAUAAAGGAGAUCAUGUCCCCAACUCCUGUGGAGCUGCACAAGGUGACCUUGUACAAGAGCUCUGACAUGGAAGACUUUGGGUUCAGCGUGGCGGAUGGCCUGCUGGAGAAAGGAGUGUAUGUGAAAAAUAUUCGCCCAGCUGGGCCAGGAGAGCUUGGUGGCUUAAAGCCCUAUGACAGGCUCCUACAGGUUAAUCAUGUUCGAACGAGAGACUUUGACUGCUGCCUUGUUGUGCCCCUCAUAGCAGAAUCUGGUAAUAAGCUGGACCUGGUCAUUAGUAGAAACCCACUGGCUUCACAGAAAUCUAUAGAACAGACUCUACCAGAAGAAUGGAGUGAACAGAACAGUGCUUUUUUCCAACAGCCUAGCCAUGGUGGUAAUUUGGAGAUUCGAGAACCCACUAACACAUUAUAGCAAUGCUUUUUAUAAAGCAAAAGACAAUAUCCACAUGGUGCUAAAAAUAAUCCCUUUAAGAUUUCUGUGACAUUUGAAGCACAGAUAAUCAAGUGGCAUUAACUGCAAGCACAGGGGUCUUUUAAAUCUCUCUCAUGGCUCAUGUUCACUUCCCUUUGGAGUUGAAAAGGUUUCUUUUUUGGUGACCACUAUGAGUGUGGCACACGAUUCCCUGCCAAGCCCAAUGGUAGAGAAAAAGAAAACUAGGUAGUCCGCUCCUCCCACAAUUACUAUCAGAAGAAAUUUUUUACAAUUUCAUCUUCCUAUCACUUUUUUUAAAAGAGAAGUGUCUGUUUAAAAAUAUUCUCUAUGAUAAUUUCCUUAAUUCAUUUGAAAUCUGUUUCUUAUUAUGAAGUCAUUAAUGUAAGAACUUGACCAACAAAGCUUUUCAUAAAGCUGGCUCUACUAGGGGAACUAGAGUUUGGUGAACUGCUGGGACUGCUGCUGUGGGAGGGGUUCAGGUCUAACAUUAAGUUAUCUGAAAAUGUUUCAGCGAUGAUGCACGUAGGAGAUCAUAAUAGGUGGUGGUAAAUGUUCUGCCCAAAUAUAGGAAUGAUUUUAACUAAGAUGUAUGCUAUUCCCUAUGCAACAAAUUAUCAAACAGGAUAUGUCUUGUGACCUGUUUUUUUUUUUUUUGACACAUUUUUAAUAGCUGAAAAUCUCUGAUAAUGAAUUAGAGUGUUUAGUAACACUGAGAGUUAGUUAUCUUAUUUUUAAAAUUCAAGACUAAGAAUUUAAGAGAGAAUGAAGAAGUCUAUUAAAAUGAGGUUUAUCUUAAUGAUAGGCAAAUCAAACUCAUACUGCUUGACAUGUUUUAAAAACUGGUUAUAUUGAGGGGUGUACAGCACAUGUACUUAAAAAUGACACUGGACUAUGUUUUGUUCUGAGCCAUGCCACUUACUGAAAUUGUAAAUACAUUUUUCACAAAACGCAUUGCCAAUUAUUACCAUCCCUCAAAGCAAUAAAUUUGUGACAGUUGCUUUUAAUGUUUGUCAGCAACUGUUUUCAUUUGUUCAGAUAUUUUGAAUAGUUACACUAAUAACUGUUAUUUGGUGAAUAUAAAAAAAUAGAUCUGUAUAUCGAUUGUAGAAUUUCCACAUUGAAACGAUUAUUUUCCAAAUAUUUUCAUUUUGGUCAGUAACUCAAACAACUGCUUAGAUGACGCAUUUGAACACUGUGUCCUUCAUUUAAAGAAAAAGUUCACCUUUUUUUGUGCAAAGAAAUAUAUUAUUUCAGUCACAUUUCAGGACCGCCAGGGCAAGAAAGUAUAAAGCAGAAUCAUGUUAAGGAAAAAAAAAAAAAAAGAUCAUGAGUCACUUAAAUAUGUAUUUUUAUUUGUAACAAACAAGUAUUAAACUGUAAAGU